GUAGUAUAUCUGUAUAUGUCUAUGAUUGAAGUUGAAACACGUGUUCAAUAUAUGACGUAAGCACAUAACGAGAUAUUGAAAUAAUCUGAAUCAGCUGUCAUUGCAAUGUUAAACAUAACCAGAGAAAUGUACAUCUAAGUGAUAAAAAUAUUUAAAAAAUGAAGUUUUAUUCAAUUAGUAAUAACCUCUUAUAUAAAAGUUUUAUAAUUUAUAUUAUAUUUUUUGGUUUUAAUGUGUGGACUGUAGUGUCAAAUGCGCAAGAAGUUUCUAACCUCAAGCACGAAAAUAUCACAUUGGACAGUACAAAUAUCGUAUUAAAACAUUUCACGCCAACAAAAAUAAGUACUGAUGUAUCAAUAGAAUCGCAUAUAUUAGAAAACUCUGAUAGCAAUAAUUUAAAAUUGAAUGCUACUACUUCAAAUACAGUAAAUACAUCUCAAAAUGUACUUACAACCUCAGUUCGACCAGAUCGUGAUAUUAAUCAAACAACAGAAAAAGUUAAUAUAAUAUCUACAACUAUUAUUGAUGAUAAAAAUGGGAACAAUAUGUCAGAUUUCACAAUUCCAUCACAAAGUCCAGAUAUUAGUAAUGUAACAAACACAAGUACAACAACAGUUGUGCCAGCAGAACCAGUAUUACCUGAUAAGGGAUCCGCAGAAGAAGAACAUAAUAGUUCUAUGUCCAUAUUUUUUGUCCUCUGUGUUUUAGCUUUAGGUAUUUUACUUAUACAUCUUAUGUUACAAACGAAUUUUCAAUACCUACCAGAGUCGGUGGUAAUUGUUUUCUUGGGAGGAGCUAUUGGUAUGAUUAUAAAUCUCAUGUCAAAUCAAAAUAUAGCUAAUUGGAGAAAAGAAGAAGCCUUUUCUCCAACUGCAUUUUUUCUUGUACUUCUUCCACCUAUUAUAUUUGAAUCAGGAUAUAAUUUGCACAAAGGAAAUUUCUUUCAAAAUAUUGGUAGUAUUUUAGUUUUUGCUAUAUUUGGAACAGCAAUAUCUGCAUUUGUUAUUGGAGCUGGAAUUUAUUUGUUGGGAUUAGCACAGGUAGCAUAUAAACUUAGUUUUGUUGAAAGUUUUGCAUUUGGAUCAUUGAUAUCAGCAGUAGAUCCUGUUGCUACUGUAGCUAUAUUUCAUGCUUUAGAAGUAGAUCCAGUAUUAAAUAUGUUAGUUUUCGGUGAAUCUAUAUUAAAUGAUGCCAUUUCAAUUGUAUUAACUACAUCUGUGUUGGAGUCCAAUAAUGCAACAACUACCAGUGAAGCCAUUAUACUUGGCUUAAAUAGAUUUUGUCUUAUGUUUUUUGCCUCUGCUGGCAUUGGAGUUGUUUUUGCUCUCAUAAGUGCUUUAUUACUUAAACAUGUGGAUCUCAGAAAAAAUCCCUCUCUUGAAUUUGGACUUAUGUUGGUAUUUACUUAUGCACCUUAUGUUUUGGCAGAAGGCAUACAACUGUCUGGUAUUAUGGCAAUUUUAUUUAAUGGGAUUGUAAUGUCACAUUAUACACAUUUCAAUUUAUCAACUGUUACUCAAAUUACAAUGCAACAAACUAUGAGAACUUUAGCAUUUAUUGCUGAAACUUGUGUAUUUGCAUAUCUAGGAUUAGCUUUGUUUAGUUUCAGACAUAGGGUUGAACCAGCAUUGGUUAUAUGGUCUAUAGUUCUAUGUCUGAUUGGAAGAGCUGCAAAUAUCUUCCCUUUAGCUUUUCUUGUAAAUCGUUUCCGGGAACAUCAGAUUACUAGAAAAAUGAUGUUCAUAAUGUGGUUUAGUGGUUUACGUGGUGCUAUUUCUUAUGCUUUAUCAUUGCACUUGGAUUUUAGUGAUGAAACACGACAUGUGAUUAUAACCACUACUUUAAUUAUUGUAUUGUUUACAACAUUAAUAUUUGGUGGUUCUACUAUGCCAUUACUGAAAUUUUUGAGAGCAGAAAAGAAGCAAAAGAGUAAUAGUAGAAGGAAAAGAAAAGAUAAAGAAAUUUCGCUAAGUAAAACUAGAGAAUGGGGACAAACAAUAGAUUCUGAACAUUUAUCAGAACUUACAGAAGAAGAGAUUGAAGUAUCUUUUCUUCAGUCCCGUAUUCGUGGUUUUGCAAGAUGGGAUCUAAAAUUCUUUAUCCCCUUUUUCACAAGGAGAUUUACACAGCAAGAACUGAAAGAUUGUAAAUCUCAAAUGACAGAUUUAACAAAUCAAUGGUAUCAAGCCAUUCGAAUUAGUCCAAUGGAGUCAGAUGAUGAAGUAACAACUGCAUCAACAGCGCAAUUAAAUAUAAAUUUGUCCGUGGAAAAUCAGAAUCAAAUACAUGGAAAGCAAAGCAAAAGACGUCCAAGUCAUGGAGAGGACGAGGAUUGGUCUGAUUAAUUAAUGAUCAAGUAAAUUUAGUAUCAAGUAAAUUAUAUAUAAAUUUAUGAGUUGUUUCAUCAGUUAAAAAUGCCUGCAAACUCAUAUUGUAGAAAUUGACAUUACAUUAAUAUUGGACAAAGUAUAAAAAUAACAAAUUCCUACAUUAUAUUAACAAUGAUACAGUUGAUCAUCUUUAAAAACUUAUAAGUUAUAAUUUUUAAAUCACUAUGUAAUAUUAUAAGUAAUGGAUGAGAAAAAGUAUUUAAUUCACGUUGAUUUAAUUAACGAUGGUUAAAUAAUAUAAUGUAAUAAUGAGAAAUGUGAUAUUUUUAAAAAUAUUUAAAUUUCUGCACAAAAGAUUAUAUACAUCAUAAAAUAGUUAUACUGCAUAUCGUGCAAAGUAAAUAUUUGUAUGAAUUAUAAAAUUCAUAUGGCACUAAAAAUAUACUUAUUAGGAAGUAUAAGUAUAAUUUCAUAAAAAUAUAGAUUAAUCUAAGACAUAAAGAUUUUAAUUAUUUAGUGAGAAUAUCAGUUUGACGAUCAAAAAUUUUUUUAAGUAAUUAGUUCUUUGUGAGUUAUAUAAAAUAACAUAUUUUUUAUCUGUGUAUAUACAUAUAUGAUACAUAAAGAUAUAUUACCAUAGGGUAUUUAUACAUUCCAUUUUUUCAAUAAAAUCUGUAACAGUUAAUGUUUAAAAUAGCAUAUAAUUCUAAAUUUACACAAGGUCGCUUACUAUUGAUCAUACUAUUUAUAAAUACCCUAUUAUGUUAUUAAAGUAUCAGUGUAUAAAAUGAUUACAUUUUGUACAUACAAUAUAUAUGUUUGAAGUAUUAUAUUUUAAUUUGUAUGAUAUAAAAGAUAUAUAUUUUCUUUUAUCUGAAUAUAUGUUUUUUAAUUACAUAUAAUAUUAAUUAAUAAUAUAAUCCGUUUCCGAAAUAAAUUUUAGACUACUACUUAUAUUUCAUAUCCAAAACAGAAAAACAAUUUUUAAUUUUUCAUACAAUAAUAACUAUUUACGAAAGUAUUUUACUUUCAUAUUUCUUUUAUAUCGUACCAAUUAUGAAUCACAAUAUAUGGAUGUAUAUCUUGAUUUUUUAUGUUGUAAUAUUUUAUUUAUUUAAUAAAUUCGAUUAUCUUAAUUUAGUUAGAUCGAAUAGUUAUAUUUUCUCAAUUUAGGAAUAAAUAUUUUCAAUUGUAAUCUAUAAUUUUCACAAUUAAAAUCUCACUUAAUGUAUAAGGAUAUUAAUAAUUCGAAAUAUAUAGUUUGUAUAAUAAACCAUUGAUUCUGAAAAAA